AUGGCCACUGGAGGAUGGGAAGAAGCAACAGCACAGCGCAUUUUGCGCAUUACAGACAUUGCUCAUGAGCCACUUCAAUUUAUUGCGCCCAUCGGUGGCUAUGAAGAAAUGCCACUUGUUCCACUUGAAAUAGCUGUUGAACCGCUUGUUCCUAUUCUACCAGCUGUUGAAAGUCAUGCAUAUGUUGCCAAACAAAAAUGUAAGAAUCCUGCCGAUUACUUGACACAAGAUGAAUCCGCCUCAAUUAUGUUGUACACGAUGGGAUGGAAGCCACUUGAUAAAUGCUUAUAUUUCGUUUUGAAUAAUACAUUACGAUCACCAGAUCGACAAGAAAAGCUCGAACCAUGGUAUUUAUUUCUGAGACUCUUUCUAAAUGCACUUUUUCGCCUUCCGUCGCUUGCUAAAACUGCGUACAGGGGUGUUAAAUUAGAUCUGAGCCAGCGCUACAUCAAAGGAGAAACAAUCGUCUGGUGGGGUUUCUCAUCGUGCACAACAGCUGUUGAUGUUCUAGAAUCGAAGUCAUUUUUGGGAAAGACAGAUGACAGAACAAUGUUUACCUUACAAUGUCAAUCAGCUAAAGAUAUUCGUAAACAUUCGUAUCAUCCAGCUGAACAUGAAGUACUUCUUAUGGCUGCAACUCAAUUCAAAGUGGUCGGUUGUCUUAAUCAAGGUAAGCUUCACAUUAUUCAAUUGGAAGAAACUCGUCCACCAUUCCCCCUUUUACAACCAGUGCCUACUGUGACUCCAUCAUUGAUCAAUCCAACACCCUCAGGUGAGUAA